GCAAACUCCAGCCUCACCCUGCGUGUCUCAGCUGUGUGUUUCAUCGGAACAGAAUGUGGGAUGUGGUGAUGUAAUCUCAGUGACUUUUUUUUUCUUUCUUUACCGGAAGACAGCUGCACACUGUGGGUCUACGGGACAGCACGUUGCACAACUGUACCAAACCUCUCCGCCCUGCUCUGUGCCAUUUCAGGUUACUUGGGUUCGGUUACUGUUGGAAGAACUUGAAAAACAGGUUGUGGCACGAACGACCUGCUCUAUAUAUAGAGCAGAGCUUUCGCCUCGUUUCAGACAGAAGAGUGCGCAACUCAGCGACAAAGCUCAAGAAUCAAGCGCAACUACCAGAGCAAGUCGCCUGAUUUAGAGGGCAACCAAUCCUCGCUGGGGCAUUACAGACAAGAAGCCUCUUCGUUAAGCCGAUCAGCCUGGUAUUAUAGCUGGGCACGCACAGAAGAGAGAAAAGCAAGACAAGAAAUUCGGGGCUUUGAUUUCACUUUCGGUCCUGAAGGGGUGAAAAAAAAAAGCUAUCGCCAAGAUGAUGAUGCAGAUGCAAGAAACCUCUACCCAGAAAAACUCCCUCUUCAACGCCAUGAACAGCUUCAUCGGCGCCGUCAACAACAUGGACCAGACCAUCCUGUUGCCCAGCGUGCUCCGGGACGUCCCGCUGAACGAGGACAGCCAGAUGAGCUCCUUGAAAUCAGACGAAGACGAGGGGGACAUGUACAGCUACUACCAGCUGCUCAAAUCCAUCCGCAGGGACAUUGAGUGGGGGGUCAGGCGCGCCACAGCCGACGAGAUGCAAAAGGAAAGAACGAAAGUCACCCGCUCCCACUCCUCGAUGUCGAUAUCCUCCACCUCAUCAGCCUCAUCGUCAUCAUCCGAGGAGGAAGAGGACGAGGACGAGGAUUUGCAGAGCCAGUUCCAGUACCAUCUCACCGGGCUGCAAGGGGUGCUGUCCAAGCUCACUGAGCAGGCCAACUCUCUCACCAACCGCUACAAAAAGGAGCUUGGUAUCGGAGGAUGGGGCCUGUAAUCCCCAGAGACCACGGAAACUUAAACGCACAGAUUCUUUCCAUUAAUUGAACAGGCCUUGUUGCUGCUGCUGUUACUACUGAUGAAAUGAAUGGACACAUAUUUGAAUGGUAGAAAAGAAGGCAGCUACUUUUUAUCCACAGGCCUAUGGUGUUGGUCUACUCUGUGGUAUUGGCUGUAGAUGUGUUGAUCUUGAGGAAAGCAUUUGUGUGCUCAUCGCUCUAAACUGUAUUUUUUUGCACUCUGACGUGUUGCACACAGAAUGCAUUCAGCUCAAGUGAUCCACAGAUGAAACAUAUUUAAACCUUUAUUUAAUGUGUAUUUAUUACCUCACUGUCUAUGUCUGAGAGCCAUAUGUUAUUUCAAAGUUGGAGAAGAAGUGGUGUGUGUGAUCCUCUGAACCAUCCCACUGACGGGGAUACUGACAAAAGAUUUAGCAUCCUGUCUGUGAUGCUGAUGAUGUUAGUUUGUUCAGAUGAACUUGUCUGUGUAUUUACUAUUGUUCCUUUUAGUCUGAUGUUUGUAAAGGUCUUUGGAAGGAGGCAGAUGCCUAUUGUAGCUGCCCAUGAUCUCCUCAUGUCCUACAUGGUCAAUGAACUGGAAUCAACUGAUAGUUCUUCUGGGUGGAGAAUAAUGAGGGUUUCCAUGAGAUGCAUUAUUGUUAUUGUAAUUUUAAUCUGUUGUGUCCAUCUGUUAAAGCAAGCCAACGCUUUUCUUUGCACCUUCUGCACAGUUUUUGUACUUGAUAAUAUUUGUCUUUAAAAUAAACUUUUAUAGAAACUU